AUGGAUCAAUUGGUAUGUGGCUCGUCGAAAGGAUCCAUUCCCAGUGCCGAUAAUCCGGAUUUCUACCAAAAAGAUCGCAAAAAGAAGGACAUUCACAAUAGGAUUGAACGCGAUCGUCGCAAUAAUAUUAACGACCGAAUCAAAGAAUUAGGGCUUUUGUUGCCUAAAGGAGCCUCAAGGACGAUUCUCAAAGCAUCUUGUGACUACAUUCGAAAGUUGCAAAAGGAUCGAGAUGGCCUAAUUAAGCAACGGCCGAUCGAGUCAGGUGGCGAAUAC